GUGUCAUUUCCAGGGGACGACAGAUUACAGACGUGCUGAUAACCAGAAACAGCUGCUAGCAGGCCGACCACCGUCAUGAACCAUCUGGAAGUGCCCUCAUACUCGAAGGGCAUGUUAAGAAAUACCAACAGAGCCGUUCCACCUCCUUUCCCUCCCUUUCCUUCUCCACCUCCUUCUACUCCUCUUUCCCCUCUCCUCUCACAAUGCUUCACUGCCACUCUAUUUUAGUUGGAGGAAUAUCUCAUCAUCAGGAAGGAAAGUGAGAUUGUAUUGAGAAACAAUGGGGAUUGGUCUCAGGCUUGUGGUCUCAUGAGCUGAUCCGGGUGCAGGAAUCACUCAAGGGAAAGUGUGACUGUGGCACUUGAAGUUGUCAUCAACACCACUGUGACCCACGGCAUUCUCUCAUCAGCCCUGCAUAUGCGGGGAGAGAUAAAAUGCCUUUCUCUUCAUUUAGCCCAGCCACAGGAUCAUGUGAAGAGAAUCAUCCAUGUGCCUAAACCAAGUCUGAAACGAGGGAGCCGCAAAGCUGCAGAAUGCUAGCAAGUGAUAAAGACACCCUGUGCAUCAGGGUUAUCGCCUGAGAGAGAGUGGACCCUUCUACGACCUGGUGUUAGAGACCGCUCUGACCACAUCCUGACAGAAUCCUGGCUGAGAGAAAGAGCCAGACAACCAGACGUUCUUACACGCCAAUGACAGUUGCAUGCAUUUAUUUGUGCUGACAGUCAACCAUGGGUGACUGGAGUUUCUUGGGCAACAUCCUCGAGGAAGUAAACGAGCAUUCGACGGUAAUCGGUAGGGUGUGGCUCACGGUCCUCUUCAUCUUCCGAAUCCUCAUCUUGGGCACCGCCGCGGAGUUCGUGUGGGGCGACGAGCAAUCGGAUUACGUGUGCAACACGCAGCAGCCGGGUUGCGAGAACGUUUGCUACGACGAGGCAUUCCCCAUCUCGCACAUUCGGCUGUGGGUACUCCAGAUCAUCUUUGUUUCCACACCCUCUUUGGUGUACGUGGGCCACGCUGUCCACCAUGUACACAUGGAGGAGAAGCGCAAGGAACGGGAGGAGGCUGAGCUCAACAGACAGCAAGAGAUGAACGAGGAGAGGCUGCCGCUCGCGCCCGAUCAGGGAAGCGUCCGUACGGCCAAGGAGACGAGCACAAAGGGCAGCAAGAAGUUUCGUCUAGAGGGCACUCUCUUGAGGACCUAUAUCUGCCACAUUAUCUUCAAGACUCUCUUUGAGGUAGGCUUCGUGGUGGGCCAGUACUACUUGUAUGGCUUCCGAAUUCUGCCGCUGUACAAGUGCAGCCGUUGGCCGUGCCCAAACACGGUUGACUGCUUCGUCUCAAGACCUACGGAGAAAACCAUUUUCAUCAUCUUCAUGUUAGCCGUGGCCUGUGUCUCACUUUUCCUCAACUUUGUGGAAAUCAGCCAUUUAGGCUUGAAAAAGAUCCACUUUGUGUUCCGUAAACCGGUGCGGCCGCAAGUCGAGGGACCAGGGGCGGGCGAGAAGACCCUGCCUUCCAUAGCAGCCUCCUCCAUCCAGAAAGCCAAAGGCUACAAGCUGCUGGAGGAGGACAGAGCCACGUCGCACUUCUUCCCCCUGACUGAGGUAGUGGGGAUGGAGGCUGGCCGGCUGCCGGCUCCGUACGAGCCAUUUGAGGAGAAAUCGGACGACGCGACCCUUCCUAAAAAAGACAUGUCUAAGGUGUACGAUGAAACUCUGCCCACCUACGCCCAGACGACAGUGAUAGGACCGAGUGCAGCGGCGGGAGUUCUACACAGGGAUGAAGACGAGGACGAGAUGGCCGUCGAAGCAGACGUGGAAGCCAGUGAGACGAUAGAAGACACUCGACCGCUCAGCAGCCUGAGCAAGGCCAGCAGUCGGGCAAGGUCAGAUGACUUGACGGUAUAAAUAAUACAGAACUGGAUUAGAAGUGCAGCAGUAUAAAUCGUAGUCUUGGGAAAAGCGUAGAAAGUAAAAACGAGUGAGAGGGGGAAAAAAGAGGUGCCUUUAG